AGCAAGCAGCAGGGAACGGAAAGCGUCAAUAUGGACGGGCGAUGAGGCGGCGGUGGCGCUUUUUUUUUUUUCGGGAGGGCUGGCGGCGGGCGCAGAGAUCUGAAAGUGGCAGUUACGAUGCAGAUGGAAGCUAAAGAGGCGGGGACCGGCACGAUUGGACGGACGGGCUAAGGUACCUACCUACCUACCUAUCUACCUAGUGGUACCUACCUGUAUUUGUGUAGACCAGGCCAGGCCGGGCGAUGGGAAGGGAGCAGAUGGCUGGAUGGCUUGUCCUGCUUUCCCUCCUCCUCCUCUUCUUCUUCUUCUUCUUUGCUUGGAGGGGAAGGAGUCUCCGGGGAGUUCAUGUCAGCGGACCGAUACCCGGCCUGCCUAAUUUAGAUUGUCGCCGUCAUCGGUUGUCAGAAGGUUUGGGUUGCGUGAUCUGUUGCGUACCGGUAACGUGUGUGUGUGUGUGUGCGCUGGCCAAGAGGGGCUGUAGUACAUCGUAUCUCAAAAGAUGCAUUUCCUGUGCGGACCUUUUUCUUUUCUUUUCCUUUUUUUCCUUUUGCCUUUCUCUGCCGCUGGGAAGCUCCUGCCGGCCCCUGUUUGGCUCUGAACUACAAAAAGAAACGACACAAGCAGACGAGACCGGGGGGGGGGAAGGCGGGCAGCGGAUGUGGCCCCCCCGGACGCUGACAAUUUGUUCACAGGCUUGCGAUCUCCAUCCCCGAUUCUUAUCUAGCCUGUCUCAGCACCUUUAGUCUAUUGUCCGUCUGGAUGAAACCUUUUCAAUAUCUUGCCGCAUUGUCAUUCACGUAGGAAGUUGUCGCAGUGAUGGAAGGAACACCCGGCUCGUGCUCUCUGCUCCCUAAGUAGACAUGUUUACCGUGUACAAAGUAGUCAUGUUUGCU